CUCUCUUGACGACAGGCCACGGUCGUCGCAGCCAAAGUGUCGCUCUUUGCAGCGCCUUCACGUUUCAUUUUCUUCCCCACACCUCCAUUAGCACACAAAGCAGCAGCUGGUUCUGCUUUAAUAACACGCGCGGCGGUGAUCGGACUUUGCAUCACACCUCCACUCAGAAACUACGCCAGCAGCAAGAAAAAGAAGAUGCCUCCGAAGAAGGAAGUUAAGCAGGAGAAGGUGUUGUUGGGACGGCCCGGAAACAAUUUAAAGAGUGGGAUUGUCGGCCUUGCCAACGUAGGAAAGUCAACAUUCUUCCAAGCAAUCACCAGAUGUCCGCUUGGCAAUCCAGCCAACUUCCCUUAUGCCACAAUUGACCCAGAGGAGGCGCGCGUCCUCGUACCGGACGAGCGAUUCGACUGGCUAGUACAGCAGUACAAGCCCAAGUCGGUAGUGCCUGCAGAUCUCACGGUAUACGACAUUGCCGGCUUGACACGAGGUGCUUCCACCGGUGCUGGGCUUGGCAAUGCUUUCUUGUCCCACAUUCGAGCGGUCGAUGCGAUCUUCCAGGUCGUCCGGUGCUUCGACGAUGCCGAGAUCAUACACGUCGAGGGUGAUGUCGAUCCUACACGAGAUCUAGACAUCAUCAGCGAAGAACUUCGCAUCAAAGACAUUGAGUUUGUGGAGAAGGCCCUUGAAAACUUGGUCAAGCAGACACGGAGAGGUGGACAGUCGCUUGAGAUGAAGAAGCUGAAGGAAGAACAAGCUACGGUCGAGAAGGUCCUCGAGCAUCUCAAGUCCGGCAAAGACGUGCGCAAGGCUGAAUGGGCUCCCAAAGAGGUCGAGGCCAUCAACCCACUCUUCCUCCUCACUGCGAAGCCGGUAGUCUUCUUGGUCAAUUUGAGCGAAAAGGACUAUAUUCGCCAGAAGAACAAACACCUGCCCAAGAUCGCGGAGUGGGUCAAGGAGCAUGCUCCAGGCGACCCCAUCAUCCCGAUCUCUGUUUCAUUCGAGGAGCGUUUGAGCCGAUUUGAAACAGAGAAAGAGGCGGAGGAGGAAGCCAAGAGGCUAGGCACAAAGUCUGCCUUGCCCAAGAUCAUCACGACUAUGCGCAAAGCGCUCAAUCUCGGGUCAUUUUUCACAACUGGUGCAGACGAAGUGCGGCAAUGGACUAUACGGAACGGCACCAAGGCACCCAAGGCAGCUGGCGUGAUUCAUGGAGACUUCGAGAAGACGUUCAUCCAGGCUGUGGUGUACAAUUAUGACACGCUGAAAGAACUUGGUGACGAGGCAACGGUCAAAGCUCAAGGAAAGGUGAUGACCAAGGGCAAGGAUUACGUGGUGGAGGACGGCGACAUCCUCUUGAUCAAGGCGGGCGCUGCCAAGUCAUGAGCAUCGAUGCUAGACUUGCCGCAAUACAUUUUGAGCAUUCUCCCGAUACGAUGCAUGUUGAUGUAGUAUGGACCUUGACUUACUGUCGGUCUGCAUGAAUGAAAGAACUUGACUUCUUC